UCCUACGGCAGCUUCCGUAGUCACAUGAAUGAUUUGUUAUGGUGCGUAGCUGAAAUAUUUUUGUUCCUUAUUUGUAGCUCUGCUGUAUAAUUAGUAACACCUACUCUCCUGGUUUACAUUUAUUUUUGAUUUCACCCUCGGAAUUGUGUAAAUUUGCUGAGAGCGGACGAUAUGUUUUGAUGACAGCGCUUUGUUGACGUCAAUGACCGCUUCUUGUCGUGGCUUCAAUAAAUUGCUACUGCUAACCGACGAUGCUGCGCUGGAUCCUCGGUGGCCGUGAAGCCAACAGCUCAGUGGAGAAAAGCCCAGUGUUGUGCAUUGGUGAGGAACAGCCCAAAAACUGGUUCACUGAGCUGCAGGUGCUGAGAGGACAUUUUGACAUUGUUCGAUUUCUGGUGCAGAUUGAUGACUUCAGAUGUGCCUCAGCAGGAGAUGACGGCCUUAUUUUGGUGUGGAAUAUCGAGACUGGGGAGAGGCUGCAGGAGCUGAGAGGCCAUUCCCGCCAAAUAACAGCCAUAACAACACUGAACUGUAACGAUGGACUCAUGUCCCACACUUUCCUCAUCACGGCCUCCUCAGACAGAAGUGUCAGUUUGUGGGAUCCUGACACAGGAAACAGGGUCCAGACUGUGUCUGACCUUCAGUCGUCUGUAAAGUGUUUGCUGGUGCUGGAGCGUCUGUGUGUGUGGCUCUCUGGUGGAGAGGAGUUGUGUGUGUGGAACAAAGACUUUCAGCUGCAGUGUCACAGGCAGAACCACAGCGACACUGGAAUAUCUGCUUUGAUCGAGCUGCCGAAGAACUGCAUAGCUGCUGCUAUGGACAAAGAAAUAAUCAUUUACCGUCUGACAUUUUCCACUGAUUCCUCGAUGUCAUUGUCUGAAGUCUACUGUCUGACCGACCACCAGGACCAGAUUCGUGCUCUCAUCAAUGUUGUUGACGGAGUGUUCGCAAGUGGAUCACAUGCCGGCGAGCUGAUAUUAUGGGAUGCGGUUGACUGGAACAUCCUGGCCUAUGAGCACAUCCUGUGGGAGGAGUCACAACCGUGUGCCCAGGCAGAGAUACGACUGAAAGCUCCCAGACACAGUGAAAUGUCCAUUCAGCAUCUGACGACUAACGGAAAGCUCAUCCUUGCAGCUGUGGGCAGUGGCUUGUAUGUGUACAGUCUUCUGACCAGAACAGUCGUGGCCUACAGGAAGGUUGCCCAUGAUUCUAAUGUUCUACACACCAUGCUGCUGUCUGACAGUGAGUUAAUGUCCUGCUCUGAAGAUGGCAGUGUGAGGAUGUGGGAGAUCCAGGAUCUGCCUCUGCCUGAUGAACAUGCCUCUGCAGGCUUCUUUGGCAUGUGGACUUUCAGUCGGACAAACAAACAGACUGGGCCUCCGACAAAAAAGGUGAUAGAAGUCCCCAACAUCAGGACACUGGAGCUGACAGGUGACCUGAUUGGACACUCGGGUGCAGUCCAGAUGUUUCUGAGCUUCAGGGAAAAUGGUUUGGUCACAUGUUCGGCGGACCAUCUGCUGAUCCUGUGGAAGAAUGGAGAAAGGCAGAGCCAUCUGCGCAGUCUGGCACUUUUUAAAAAACUGGAGGAGAAUGGAGGACUGUGAAUGUUGACCUUUGUCUCCAAAGGUAAAUAAAGAUAGCUGAUGAUCUAGUACAUAAAAAACAUGUCUAAUGUUUGUUGUAUGCAUUUAUUUAUAUGUAAAAGUUACUUAUCUUUGUACAUAUGUGAUUAAAAUAUGUAGUAUUGUCUGUUGAAAUAUGCUUGUAUAUUUAUGUAACUGUCUGCGGACAGAAAUAAAGGACUUAAUUUAA